AUGAGUGCGACUAAAUCAACUAGCCAGAACCUGUCCUUCGUCCUCGAGGGCAUUCACCAAGUCAAGUUCGAGGACCGACCGAUCCCCGAGUUGAAAGAUGCCCAUGAUGUUCUGAUCGACGUCAAGUUCACGGGUAUCUGUGGCAGCGACGUCCACUACUGGGAACAUGGCUCUAUCGGACAGUUCAUCGUGAAGGACCCCAUGGUGCUGGGCCACGAAUCCUCAGGUGUAGUCAGCAAGGUCGGCUCCGCCGUCAAGAGCCUCAAGGUCGGCGACCAGGUCGCGAUGGAGCCCGGCGUCUGCUGUCGUCGAUGCGAGCCCUGCAAGCGCGGAAAGUACAACUUGUGCGAGAACAUGGCGUUCGCCGCGACCCCGCCCUACGAUGGCACGCUCGCCCGGUACUACGUCCUCCCCGAGGAUUUCUGCUACAAGUUGCCCGAGAAUAUGACUCUGUCUGAGGGUGCGCUCAUGGAGCCGCUCGGCGUUGCGGUCCACAUUGUCCGACAGGCGAGCGUCACACCGGGUCAAUCGGUGGUGGUCUUCGGGGCUGGGCCCGUGGGACUUCUGUGCUGCGCGGUGGCGAGGGCGUUUGGCGCCUCGAAGGUCGUUGCUGUCGAUAUUCAGAAGCCGAGACUGGAUUUUGCGAAGAAGUAUGCUGCGACGUCCGUCUUUGAGCCUUCAAAGGUCCCGGCGACCGAGAAUGCGGCGCGGAUGAUCGAGGAGAAUGGGCUGGGCCAGGGCGCUGAUGUUGUCAUCGAUGCAUCGGGCGCCGAGCCUUCUGUUCACACCGGCAUCCACGUUCUCCGCACUGGCGGCACUUACGUCCAGGGCGGUAUGGGUCGCAGCGAAAUCACAUUCCCCAUCAUGGCGGCCUGUACCAAGGAGUUGAACGUCAAGGGCAGUUUCCGUUAUGGAAGCGGGGACUACAAGCUUGCAGUUGAUCUGGUUUCUUCUGGCAAGGUGAACGUGAAGGAGUUGAUCACCGGGACGGUGAAAUUCCAGGAGGCUGAGCAAGCCUUCAAGGAAGUCAAGGCUGGGAAAGGCAUCAAAACUCUUAUUGCCGGGAUUGAGUAA